AUGGGAAUCUGCCGUUUCAAGUUCGGUCGACGAACGAAGAUUCAGGGACGCUGUGGCUUCAACAUUGUAUCUGAGACGAGGUGUGCCACGCAUGUAAUGCGACUUUGUGAUAACAAGUACAUCAGGGCGGUCAGCUACCAGGAGAGUUCACUGGACCACAUGGGCUCGCCACCAGGACGGAAGGAGACCUUGCUGACCCAUUCGUACAGUUCGAUGACCAACGGAACUGGUGGACAAAGUGGUAGGAGUAAACAGCGGACCGAAGUUGCCAGUAUCUGCCCUGAGACGCCCAGAGAUGUCUCACUGCUUUUCUGUGUCGAUCUACCUUCUGCAUCUCGCUGGUGUAUCCAGGCAUACGUGAGCGGAGAGCUGCGAGUGUGGCUAGUAUGGGCUCAGCCAAAGGCUUGCAAUCGAAAGCUUGAUGAUGGGAAUCGGACGUUUGCGAUCGAGAAGAUGUGGCUCGAACCAGCUCUAACAAUCCUCGGCGCCUACGCACCAACAUCAACUAUAAAGAAGAAGAUUGGAAGUCAUGGACCUGGGAUUGUUCUAGAGAUGCUUCACACUUUCUUCAAUGUUAGCGUCAGCAUUACAGCUCCAGAAUUGGCCCCAGAAGAACGACUGAAGGGCUACACAUUAAUAUUCACGAAAUGGGAUUGA